CCUGCAMUACCUCUGACCCCACUUUGAGAACACCCGAAUAGCCUAUAGAGAGGUGUGGCGGGUGCACGCGAUAGCUACACUGCACGCCCGACAUCGACGGAGCUCUCAAGCAAGCAGGUAUUACAAACAAGUUCGCUUCCGGAAGGGUGGCAUCCAGCUUCUCAGUUCCCCGGGCAAGAGGAUGGUGCUGGCUGGCGUGCUGCUUUCAUCUGUCCUCGGCCUGUUCGGAUGUACCGUCACUCUAGGCAUGCGCCACAACAAAGACCAAGCACAGGGCCUGUGUCUGACCAAGGCCUGUUUCACGGUGGCCAGUAAGAUCGUGCAGGCCCUGGACCGCAGCGCUGACCCCUGCCAGGACUUCUACCAGUACGCCUGCGGGGGCUGGGUCCGCAAGAACCCUCUCCCCGACGGACGCCCCCGUUGGAGCACCUUCAACAGCGUCUGGAACCAGAACCAGGCUGUCCUCAAAAACCUGCUGGAAAACGUCACUUUCAACUCCAGCAGCGAGGCGGAGAGGAAGACUCAGUUCUACUACCUGUCCUGUCUCAAUGAGCAGCACAUUGAGGAGCUGGGAGCCACGCCCCUUAUUGACCUCAUCACAAAGACAGGGGGCUGGAGCAUCACUGGGCCCUGGGAGAAGGACAACUUCAUGGAGGUGCUAAAGACUGUGUCAGGUCCUUACCGCGCCCAGCCCUUCUUCACAGUCAGAGUCAGCGUGGACCCCAAUAAUUCCAAUAGCAACGUCAUCCAGGUGGACCAAUCAGGGUUGUUCCUCCCCCCGCGGGACUAUGACGGCAACACAGCCAAUGAAAAGGCAUAUCUGGAUUACAUGGUGGAGCUGGGCCUGCUGUUGGGAGGGGAUAAGAACUCCACACAGAGCCAGAUGCAGCAGAUCCUGGACUUUGAGACAASGCUCGCCAACAUCACCAUAUCGCAGGACAAAUGCUGCGACAAGGAGAAGAUCUACCACAAGAUCACCAUCGCCGAGCUGCAGCUGCUGGCUCCGGCGGUGGACUGGCUGGACUACCUGUCCUUGGUCCUGUUCCCUCUGGACCUGAAUGACACGGAGCCCGUGGUGCUCUAUGCCAAGGAGUUCCUGCAGCAGGUGUCUGACCUGAUCAACAAGACUGAUCGCAGCCUGCUCAACAACUACAUGAUCUGGAACCUGGUGCAGAAGGGAGCAUCCAGUCUGGACCAGCGCUUUGAGAAUGCKCAGGACAAGCUGCUAGAGAGCCUGUAUGGAACCAAGAAACCCCGCACACCUCGAUGGCAGACCUGCAUUGGGAACACAGAUGACACGCUCGGCUUCGCCCUGGGAGCGCUCUUUGUUAAAGCGACGUUUGAUAAACACAGCAAAAAGAUUGUCGAGGGGAUGAUCAAUGAGAUCCGUGCUGCGUUCAAAGAUGCUCUGGAUCACAUCGAGUGGAUGGACAAACAGACGCGGAUGGCAGCCAAAGACAAGGCGGACACCAUCUACAACAUGAUUGGAUUCCCUGACUUUAUCCUGGACCCCAAAGAACUGGAUGAUGUUUAUGACUGGUAUGACGUCUCAGAAGACAACUUUUUCCAGAACACGCUCAACUUCUACAACUUCUCCGCCAGGGUGAUGGCCGAUCAUCUCCGCAAGCCACCCAACAGCGACCAAUGGAGUAUGACCCCUCCCACAGUCAACGCCUACUACAUGCCCAACAAGAAUGGAAUUGUCUUCCCAGCUGGAAUCCUUCAGGCACCCUUUUACGCCCAGCAUCACCCCAAAGCACUGAACUUCGGGGGGAUCGGAGUGGUGAUGGGACACGAACUCACUCAUGCCUUUGGUGUCCAGGGCAGGGAAUACGACAAAGACGGGAACCUUCGGCCAUGGUGGCAAAAUUCCUCUGUGGACGCAUUUAAGAAUCUCACGGAAUGCAUGGUAGAGCAGUACAACGGGUUUACCAUCAAUGGGACGCAUAUCAAUGGCAAGCAGACGCUGGAAGAGAACAUUGCUGACAACGGAGGCCUAAAGGCAGCCUAUAAUGCGUACCAGGCAUGGGUGCAGGAGAACGGUGAGGAGAAGAGGCUGCCGGCGGUCAACCUGACCAAUGACCAACUGUUCUUUGUGGGAUUCGCCCAGGUGUGGUGUUCCGUGCGAACCCCGGAGAGUGCCCACGAGGGACUCAUGACAGACCCCCACAGCCCCCCAAAGUACCGCGUCAUCGGCACCCUCUCCAACUCGCCAGCCUUUGCAGAGCACUUCCAGUGCACCGCUGGCUCCCCGAUGAACUCUGGUCACCGCUGCACAGUGUGGUAGGGCCUGGCAGAACAACAGGGGGGGCGCUGUCUGUGGAGUGCAUUGAGAACCAAGAGGAGGAGGAGUUGAUCUCUGCAUUGAACCUUUUUUCCUAUUUUAUUCUUUGUACAUAAUGAUGGACUACCAGUGGUUUGUGAGUAGAGCAGGACAGACUCCAGGUUAGCGAGAGGGAGGCGUGUUGAUAGAAAGGUUGUCGUCUGCUGAUGUAUGUGUAAUUCCAGUGUUAGGGGAUGGUAUUUUUCCUAUUUUUCCACGCCCCAGUCUCCCACACCGGUGGGGCACAAAGACACGUUUUAUUUAGUGUUGGCUGCACUUAGUAGGGGGCCGGGGAGGAGGAGCCAUUAGGGGAUGUCUGUCCACACCCCUUUCUCUAUGCUUCCGGGUCAUAGCUGUCCUCGCUGUGUGCCCUGUUUACAAUUUGAAACCGGAUCCCUCUUUCGACUGAGGGAUCUCCCUGAAACCACUAUGACCUCACAGGAAGUGCUCGUCUCCCUCUGUGACCUCGCAGGAAGUGCAGGAACUUCACUCUGACAUCCCAUGAUGGAGGUUCAGCUGCCUUUGUGACCUCACAGGAAAUCCAGAAACGUCGCUGUGUUUGGACGUUGCAUAUGGUUUCAUCUCGAUUGACAUCUAUAUUCCCUAUAUAGUAUACACAAAUGUACUAUUAGGGCCCGGAUGCUACCAGUAUUUCAAUAAUCGUUAAUAUCGGGGAAAGGAAACAAAACACAAAGCGGAUUUAACUUCUUUAGGGAAAACAGCCCUGAUGGAAACAAACAUCAUGUUAUCCAGAGUGAAAUGUUUUUAUUUUCCAAGCUAUAGCACACAAUAUUGUACAUACAGAUUGGUUUCAAAGGACCAAAGAGAUGGGGUCUGCUUCGUGUUUUCAUUUUUGCCAGUCUCGUCCCGGCCCUAUGCAGUAUAUGUGUGGCUCUGGUAAAUAGUAGUUCCCUAUAUGGGGUGUCAUUUAAAUAGGGUGAAAUUUGAGAUGGCGCCAUAUAGACUCACUUCUCCUUUUUCUGUUGCAUCACAGAAAGUGCACUGGCUUCAGUGACAUCACAAUGAAUCCCCCAGCAGGGGUGUGGGAUCUUAAUACUUUAAAAUGGCCUCCCCUCCUAUUUACCAUGUUCUACUACUGGACAGAUGGAAGCGCGACGAAGCCUACUGAUAACCCUUGCCAACAUAUUGCUUUUAGUUAUCCCAUUUCUUAAAGAUUGUUGGCGAGCAUUUUGAGUACGUAGGAAAGGGUACUUAGAAAAAGUGCCAAUGCCCCUAGACGCCCAUCUUGGUUCAUCCAACCACAAGAUCGGCAGAGCUCCCUCUGGGACCUGUAGUGUGCUGGACUAUCUGUGACUCCGGUUGUAGGGACGAUCACCACUUGCUUAUCUGUGUGUUGUAGUUGUUAUUGGCAUAUUCUGAAGUUGACAGAGUUGAAAUGAGAUACACAUCUUUAAAACUGCCUUUUGUCAAAGAUGUAUUUUUGUUCCUUGUGUCCAGUUUGAUUCUUUGUUUCUCUGUAUGCUAAGGGAGUGUAUUUCAGUGUGUGUGUGUGUGUGCAUGAGCAGCCUUAGCAGCUUGUUUGAUAUUUACUGUGUUUAAUCUAUCAGCUUCAUUGCGAAAGGAUAGUGUGUGUAUGAGUGUGUGUGUGUGCGCGUGCGUGAGCGAGGUAUGCAUGUUUGUCUGUGUAUGUAUGUGUGCAGAUUGCUUUGAUACACCAUCCCUACUUACGUUGAACUAUCAACAAUGUCAAGUCUGCUGCAGUGAUUUUACGUCGCAUUCCCCCCAAAAUACUAAUUUGAAAUGAAUGGAUAUGUUGAAGGGAUAUGUUCCUAAAUAACUUAUUGUUUGUACACACUCCACUCCAAAGUACUGCAGGGUGUGAGGCAGGGUGUGUACAGGAUUCGUAAUCGGGUUACUGCUGGACUCUUGUUCAAUUAAACUAUGUCACUGUUUUAUCUCCCGUCAGCCACUUUAUGUACUAGUCCCACAUAGUGCUCUCUGCUCCUGUCUGCACCUUGCAAAUUUGUUUCACUACAAGACAUGGAGAUGUGUCAUGACUCAUGACCAUAGGAGUACUGCACCUCACCACACUCUACCCGAUACAGGACAAUCCCAUUGUCUUCCGACAGGUGGCGCCACUCAAACUCAACACCAGUCCUUCAAUGCAGAUGGAGUUGCGCCAUCUAAUGUGAGACAAGGAGGUGAACCAAUCAGGGUCAGUUGCUAUUGGCUGCUUUUACAUUUCAAUGUCGCGAUCGGAGAACCUCCUGAACUGCCGGUUUGCAGAGCCAUAGAAAGAGAACGUUUCGGGGGGAAAUCAGCUGUUCAAUUUCACAACAAUAAAGAACACCAUGAUGCGUCCAUCUAAUUCACGAUAACGGUCACGUUCGCGCAUUUUGUGAAAUGAAAUAUCUAACAAGAGUUAGAAAUGUGUUGUGUACAAUAGACAUAGCUAGCUAUCUGAGCGUUGUGCCCAUGGAGAUGCAGUGAGCUCCAAAAGUAUUGGACAGUGAAAUAGUUUUGGUUGUUCUGGCUCUGUACUUCAGCAAUUUGGAUUUGAAGUGACACAAUGACUGUGCUUUACGUGCAGUCUGUCAGCUUUAACUUGAGGGUAUUUUCAUCCAUGUCGGAAGAACCGUUUAGAAUUUACAACACUUUUUGUACGUAGUCCCUCAAUUUUAGGAGACCAAAAGUUUUGGGACAAAUUCACUUGUGUGUAUUAGAGUAGAAAAAAAGUGAAGUAUUUGGUCUC